AUGAGACCCAGUUCACCCUGGCAGUCCAUGCGUACGCCUCACUGGUCGCCCUGCCGUGUCAGGUGCUCGGAUUUGGUAGCGCCCCCAUAUACUCUGUCCCCUCGUGCUGCUCCCUGUGUCUUCCUUGGCUUCCCCACUGACGCCCCAGGGUGGCAGUUUUACCACCCCUCCUCUCGUCGUGUUCUGUCCUCCCAGGACGUCACGUUCGACGAGUCAGUCCCCUUCUACCGUCUCUUCCCCUACCGCACUCCUUCCCUCCCCCCUCCCCCGGACUUCCUUGUACCGGUUCCCCCCCCGGUAGACCCCCUCCCCCCUCAGGUUCCUGCCCCCUCAGGUGUGUCCCAGGUAGACGCCGUUGACCCGGUCGAGGUUACAGGUGACUCUGGUGCUGCUGCGGGUGCUGAGCCUGGGGGUGCUGACUCUGGGGGUGCUGUGCGCGGGGGUGCUGAGCCUGGGGGUGCUACUACUGGGGGUACUGGGCCUGCGGGUGCUACUGCGGAGGGUGCGGAGCCUGGGGGUGCUGAGCCGGGGGGUACUGUGCCUGGAGGUGAUGGGUCUGGGGGUGCUGGGUCGGGAGCUGCUGAGCCUGGGGGUGCUGCGUCUGGAGCUGCUGAGCCUGGGGUUUCUCCUGCUGCUGCGUCUCGCCGGGAGCCCCUCUCUCCACAGGAGCUGCGCGAGUGGUUCGCUCGCCGCUGGAGGCGUGCUGCUGAGUCUGGAGGUGCUGCUGGAGCUGGAGCUGGAGCUUCUUCGACCGUCGAGGGUGCGGGUGCUGCCGGUCCCGGAGCUACUGGACCUGCGGGUCCUCCUGGAGCUGGAGCUGCUGAGGGCGUUGGUGCUGAGCCUACUGCUGUUGGUCCUGCCGCUGGAGGUGUGGGUGGCGCUGGUGCUAUAGCUGAGGGUGCUGGUGCUGUCCCUCCUGCGUCAGGAGCUGCUGAGCCUGGGGUUUCUCCUGCUGCUGCGUCUCGCCGGGAGCCCCUCUCUCCACAGGAGCUGCGCGAGUGGUACGCUCGCCGCUGGAGGCGUGCUGCUGAGUCUGGAGGUGCUGCUGGAGCUGGAGCUGGAGCUUCUUCGACCGUCGAGGGUGCGGGUGCUGCCGGUCCCGGAGCUGCUGGACCUGCGGGUCCUCCUGGAGCUGGAGGUGCUGAGGGCGUUCGUGCUGAGCCUACUGCUGUUGGUCCUGCCGCUGGAGGUGUGGGUGGCGCUGGUGCUGUCGCUGAGGGUGCCGGUGCUGUCCCUGCUGAGUCUGGAGCUGCCGCGCGGCCUCGGCCGUACUUCGUUCCGCUCCUACAGCAGGUUCUUGCCUGCGUCUCGUCCCGCGUCGCCUGUUCGUGCAGCUCGCGCUAG